UCAUCAUGAUUCAUCACAGACUAUCAGAGUAUCAACUAUCGUCUAUCAGUCAUCACUCAUUAGAUAUUUAUUAUUUAAAUAUCUGAAAACUUAACUUUUGGAAAUUUUCCAUGUUCGAAUAUUCAAUGUUGUAAUAAAUAGUUCUGUGUUAGUGUUCUAUGAUUAAGCUGGACAUAGUUAAGUGAACAAUAUUAACUAUUAUAACUAUUAAGUAACUUUUUAUUUCAUGUGUUGUCGGUUCCGGACGAUCGGGUAUUCCGAUAUUAGUUAUUACAGAAGUUAGAUCAUUCUAACGAUAAUUAUAAUAAACCGUUCAUUUUAUCAUAGGCACCUACUCUUCUUUGAAAAUAAAUUAUCGUUUUAUUUUAAAAUAUUAAUAAAAUACAUUAAGUUUUCAAGUGAAACAUAAUAAUAUUAUCAAUAAUAUCAAAACACAUUAACACAUAAGAAAUGAAUUCACUUACAUCUGAGUUUUCAUCACUUCUGUCAAAUGCACUUACCAGUCUAGGACACGAGCGACUAUUCAACAUUGGUUUUGUAUUCACUGUUGAAACUGGCUUUAUUCCAAGUUCUUUAGCCGAACAUUUUGACUCAACCAAUUCAAAUAUUGAAUUAGCUAAAAUGGUGAACAGUCUGCCACUAAAUUCAUUUUGGCAAAAAAAUCAUAACAUUUUUAAUGCUGAGCUAGUUAUGUCUAAUCAGUUAUGCCAUUUAAUAGGUGUUCCUAAUGAUGAUUCAUUAAUUAUAACAUUAAGUUAUUCAAAUAUAUCAAAAUGCACUAGUUUUGAAAUCGACAGAAGCAUUUCUAGUAUAAGUACAGAACAUGUAGCUCAUUUAUCUUUAAAAUAUAAAAAUUUGGUUAGUGUUCCAAUCAAAUGUGCCAUAUUGGAAAUCACUGUUGGUCAAUAUCCUGGUUUGUGUGGAAUACCCGAGGAAUUGAUUUCAUAUAUUGUUGCAAAACUAAACACCUCUGAUUUGUAUACACUGAUGAGAUGCUGUAAAAAAAUGUACCUUUCAGUUAUAAACAAUCAGUUUUUAUGGAAAACAUUAACAGUUGAAAAGUAUAAAAAGACAAAACUAUCAGCUGAUAUAACACAACAACCAAUUGUGGAUUGGAGAAUUGCGUAUUAUGAAGCGAAUAGAUUAACCUCUGGUAGAAGAACAAAUCAAAUAAUAAGAGAGUGAUAUAUAUUUUAUAUUACCUACUUAAACACCAAUCAAGACUUUAAAUUUAAUUUUUCAUUCAAUUAAAAAUAUUAAAUGUUAAUUUAUUGUUAUGCAAACUAGAAUACAUUUUUCUUGUAUGUCCAGUUUUUUAAUAAUGAUGAGAUAUUUUAUAUAACCUACGAUAUUUAUUUUCAAUAAAAAUCAUUAAUAUGUACUUAGCAUCAUAUUGUCUUUCCUUACAGAUGACAAUUAAUAAUAAACUACAUACAUACUGUGUACAUUGAAUAAAGGAACUAAUUAAAAUACACAUGUUAACUGUACACUUGGUUAAUUAAUUAUGAGUACCUAUUUUAUUUUUGAUAACAAAUACAUUUAACCUUUAAUACAGGAAACUGUUUUAUCAUUUAUUAAAUUAUUAAUAAAAGAUAAGUUAAUUGCAUGUCUACUGUCAACUAAAUAAUCCAAGCUUACAUUUACUAAACUAGGAGGUUACCUAAUAUACUUAAGUAAGUAGAAAAGUUUAAAGAAAUAUUUUUUAGGAAUCUUUCUAUACUCUACCUCAAAAGAUAAUAAUAAGUCAGCCAGUCGAUUUUUGUUAGUGCUGCUCAUCUCCUACAAACGACCUGAUGUUAGCAUGAUCACUUGGUUCUUGAUGCUCCAAUUGCAUCAUUCAUGAUGUGCAUACAGUGAUUGUUCUCUUUUGAGACAAAGUAUAGCUGACUGGAAAUCAUUGGUGCUCUUGCAAAUUGAACAUACUCUAAUAUAAACUUGAUAAAUGAGCAGUAUAAAUGGUAUAAAUCCUUCAAAUGUGUUGUAUGCUUACAGUUACUUGGAACUUGCUUAAUAAAACCAACCUAGAGUUUUAAGAGUCUUACAGCAUGCACUUUUGACAUAUAAAUAUUGUAAGAAUUAGAGUGAUACCUAAAUCAUAAUCAUUACCAUUAAGAAAUAUAAUUAUAAACUAAAACAAUAUAUAUGAAGAAUGAAUUAUGUAAUUAUCAAUAGGUUUCUGAUAAAGGUAAUUUUCAUAUAAUGAUACUUAUUAAAAGAUAAAUCUAAAGUUUUGAUCUAUGGCACAAGUUGAUUUAAGUUACUUUGAAGAAGGUAGCAUCAUUUAACGAGUUAAUAGGAAGAAAUAUUUCAUUUCAGUGAUUGUCAAUAGCUGUUUAUACUAUUAAUAAAUAAAGAAAUAGAACAAGUACUCACCAACAUAUUUUAUUUAAUAUAUUUGUUCAGUAUAACUAUAAAGACCUAAUUAUUGUACUAACAUUCUGCAUACCUAAUAAAUAAUUCCACUGCAUUUUAA